UAAAUCUUAUACUUUACACGACAAUAUAAAUAUAUAUGUAACAAUUAAAUUAAAGGAUGGUAUAAAUCUUAUUAAAUUUUAAAAUAAUAAUUUUAUUUAUUAUUACCAAUCAUUAAUAUAAACAAAAUACACACUCUUAAAUAUAUAUACAGAUAUAUAUGCAGAUAGCCAAAUUUUUAUGAAAAAAAAUUAGAAGUGCAACAGACUAAUGGACAUCAUGAAUUGGCAUAUAGUUUUGUUAAGUAUACUGAUGUUUAAAAGAGGAAUUUGUUAUAAUAAAUGUAGGCCGAGUAUAGCAAUUGUUGGAGGUGGUAUUGGUGGUGCAGCAACUUCUCAUUUUCUUACAGAAAUAUUUAACAAUAACCUUGAUAUUGAUUUAUACGAAGCAAAAACUAUUGGUGGGCGCUUGGCCACAGUAAAAAUUGAUAAUAAUGAAUUCGAAGCUGGGGGUUCAAUCAUACAUCCUCGAAACAAAUAUAUGCAAGAUUUUGUUCAACUGCUUGGUUUAGAACAUAAACCAUUUAAAAAUCAGAGAACAAGUAUUUGGAAUGGUGAUGAAAUUGUAUUUGAAGAAAGUAACUGGAAAAUAUUAUCAUUAGCCAAAUUAAUCUAUAGAUAUGGAAUUCAACCAUUUAGUCUCAAUAGACAUGUAAUUUCUGUAAUAAACGACUUCGAAAAAAUAUACCAUCUACAGAACAAUGGAGAAGCCUUCGUGAAUAUUAGUAGUCUGCUACUAUCUGUGAAUACUGGAUUUCCAAAGUUGUUAAAGAAAUCUAUCAAAAAUGAGCUCUUAGAUCUAGGUUAUUCAGAAAAGUUAAUUGAUGAACUUGUGAAAACAACACUGGUAGUAAAUUAUGGGCAAGAUACAAAUAUUCAUAGUUUUGUUGGCUUUGUAUCCUUAGCUGGAGCAGGUUCUGAUUUAUGGUCUGUUAAAGGAGGAAAUAAAAAGGUACCUGAACACUUAAUAUAUAGAAAUAAAUAUGUAAAUGUUGUAUCUUCACAAGUGAUGAAAAUUGUUUACAUACCGCACGAUGAUAAUUCAGAUGUAUAUGAAGUGCAUUCUCGUGCGCAAGAUAGUACAGUUAUAAUAAAGGAAGCAUAUGACAUUGUAAUUCUGGCAAUUCCGCUUUUUAAUAAUCAAAAAUUUCCUAUAAUUUUUGAAGGCUUUCCAGAUAAUGAUUUUUAUAAUUCUGCAGAAUAUCAUGAAACUAUAGCUACAUUUGUCAAAGCAAAUUUAAAACCACAUUAUUUUGGUUUGGAAGAAGAAUUAGAUAAUAUUUUAAGUUGUGAUCUUAACAAAACAAUAGUUAGUUCUUUGGGAAGAUUAAACUCUGUAGAAGGUUCAAUGAAAAGUAGUAACAUUUGGAAGAUAUUUAGUAAUAAACUAUUAAAAUCAAAUGUUAUAAAUGAAAUGUUUUCAAAUGUUCAGGAAAAAAAACAAAUUACUUGGAAGGCAUAUCCUGAAUAUUUAACAAGAAUUCCCGAAGCAAGAUUUAAAUUGCAUGAUACACUCUAUCAUGUUAAUGCUAUUGAAUGGAUAGCUAGUGCAAUGGAGAUGAGUGCAAUAGGUGCAAAAAAUGUUGCAUUAUUAGUAAACAUACGAAUGUCAACAUCAUACGACUCUGACGUAUGAAAAAUGUGAUCUCACCGGCAAAGUUGUAUGUAAUGUUGUAAACAUUUCAUUUGAGAAGAAACUGUAUGUAAUGGAAAAUCAUUCCGUUCGUAUAAAUUACGCGUUAACACCUCGUGACACAGAACAACCAUUAAUACAUGAUAGUGAAACUAAUUCAUAUGAAGAAAAUAUUAAGAAACACGAGGAAACGAUCGUAACAAAUGAAGCUAUGGGUAGUUCAUUCUAUCCGAAAGCUAUGUUAUUUCUAGUAUUAUGGUACCUUAUUAGCGGAUGUACUUUAUUUUUAAAUAAAUACAUAUUAUCAUAUAUGGAGGGCAAUCCUACAAUUUUGGGUGCUUGUCAAAUGUUAAUGACUACAAUUUGUGGAUUUAUUCAAAUGUAUUUUCCAUGUGGAAUGUACAAAGCACGUCCCAGAUUAAUGAGACCAGCAGGAUUUUAUAAACAUAUGAUAUUAGUUGGAUGUACAAGGUUUACAACUGUAGUAUUAGGAUUAGUGUCACUUAAUUAUGUAGCAGUGAGUUUUACAGAAACUAUUAAAAGUAGUGCACCACUUUUUACCGUCCUUAUUAGCAGAUAUGUAUUAGGGGAACACACAGGGUUAUAUGUAAAUUUAUCUUUAAUUCCUUUAAUGGGUGGUUUAGCCCUAUGUUCAAUAAAUGAAAUUAGUUUUGACCUUAGAGGAUUUAUUGCUGCUAUGGCUACAAAUGUAACAGAAUGUUUACAAAAUGUUUAUUCCAAAAUGUUAAUCAGUGGUGAUAAUUUUAGGCCUGCAGAACUGCAAUUCUAUACUAGUUUAGCAUCAAUUGUGGUACAAAUACCAGUAUUGAUUUUAUUUGUAGAUUUACCAACUCUUGAGCAUUCGUUGAGUUUUAAACUAUUCACAGCAUUUCUACUUAAUGGAGUGUUCUUCCAUUUUCAAAGUAUUACAGCAUAUGUACUUAUGAAUUAUAUCAGUCCUGUGACACAUAGUGUUGUUAAUACAGCAAAGAGAGCAUCUUUAAUCUGGCUCUCUGUUUUACUAUUUAAUAACCCAGUAACUGGUUUAUCAGCUAUGGGAACAUCUUUGGUAAUAAUAGGAGUAUUGUUGUAUAAUCGAGCACAAGAGUAUGAUAAACUAAACAAAGCUAAAUUACGAUACAACUCUAAAAUUAAUUUACAGUAAUUACAAUAUUAUUUAUUAAAAUUUUAUAUUUAAUAAAAAUAGACAUUUGCAUUAA